AUGGCUUCUCAGUCCUCCAGUAGAAUCGUUAACUACGUCCUCAAGACUCAGUGUCGCGAUUCUUUUGCCUCGUCUUUCCCGCAGGACGUACCGCCCCAACAACGGGCAGCCAUCCGCAACGAGACUGGCGACAAACACGCACGAAACCUAUGCAAGGCCGUUGGAGCGUCCGUCAUACAGACGGCGUUGUCUACUGCUCUGUAUAAGUAUGGAGAGCUGAGAGUACAAAAACUUACAAGAAUCAAGAACGUCCUCGGCUGUAACCUCGUCCUCGCCAUCAUGGCGGAGAAAGUCGACCCAAAUAUCAAACCUCGAAUACCGCUUCGAUCCACUCGGCAUCACGCGAAGGAUCUUCUGCGGCGCGCGAAACGCGGGAACAUGGUCCACAUGGGAAUUUCCCAAACCCAGCACAAGAGCAAAGCCGAUGUCUAUCGGCAACUUGUUUGUGCACUCUGUGAGCGCAUUGGGCUCAACGGGACGGUCCAGCACAUCAUAGUCACGUUUGCCCCGUUAAUCAAGGCGGCUCUGAGGGCAUGUGGCAUACGGAACGUCCCAGAUCCAGUUUGA